AUGAAUAAAACACGAAAUAAAAGAUACAGAGAAAAAAAUACAAUGGUUAAUGAUUUGGUUAACCAAUCUGAGAUAAGGAAAUUACAAAAAUUAUCUUCAAAAGAAAUAAACGAUGAAAUAGAAACCAAUUCAACAAAUGAACUAAAACAUUUAGAAAGUUAUGAACAUGUUGGGAGUGAAAAUGUUGGAAGUGAAAAUGGGGGCGUUGAAAAUGUUGGAAGUGAAAAUGGAGGCGUUAAAAAUGGAGGCGUUGAAAAUGGAGGCGUUGAAAAUGUUGGAAGUGAAAAUGACGGCGUUAAAAAUGAAAAUUGUAGUUAUAAAAGGAAAGAGAAUGUAAUAAAAAAUGUCGAAAAUAUUUUGAAAAAUAGUGAAAAAUAUAUAGGAACAGAUAAUGGAAGUCUUAAUAAAAAAAAUACAAUAAAAUUAGAUGAUAAUGAAUUAAAAAAUAGUGUAAAAAUAAAUAAUGUAAAAGAAAAUUCUAUAAAUAAAAAUGAUAAUAAUGUUUAUUCUAAUAAUUCUUCACUUCCUAUUAUUAUAUUUGGAAUUUCCGAAACGUUAGAAAAAAUUAUGAAAAUUGAUCAAAGCAAUGAUCUAAAUAAAAUAAAGAUGAUUGCAAUUGUACAAGAUUUAAACAUACUUAUGAAAUCUUAUUAUAACAUAAUAAUAAAAUGUGAUUCAAGUUUAACCUUAACUGUUAAUAAAAUAAAUGUCUUAUAUAAAUAUUAUAAAAAUGUUGAAAAAUAUAUAUAUGAAGCGUUAUACAAAAAAAGAAACUCAAAAGUGGUGGAAAUCUUAGAUAAUAAAAAAGUUAAAGAGAUAAACACCAUGGAUGUAAGUAAACAAAUUAAAGAGGUAGACACCAUGGAUGUAAGUAAAAAAAUACAAAAUCAAGAUCACCAAAUUAAUAUAUUUAAUUCAACAAUAUAUAGUUCAGAUAUUACUAACCCAUCAGUUAAUUCAAAUAUAGAUAAUUAUAUUAAUAUUGAAAAUAAAACAUUAAAUCCAAAUAUUUUAAAAAAUGAAAAUAAUUUGAAUAAUUUUAUGAUAGAACAGUUAGAUGAAGAUAAUAACACUUUUGAUAAAAAAAAUGAAUUAAAAAUUGAAAAUAUUGAUAGAGUCUCUAUUUUAAGUAAAGAGAAAACAGAGAAAGAAAAUAAAGCGAUUAAUAAUAUUGUUGAAAAAACAGAUGAAUUGGAAAAAAAUAAAUGUAAUGAUUUAAAAAUAUUUUCAAGUAUUAACUCAAAAUCUACAACUAUGUCAAAUUAUAAAGACAAUGAUAAUUUUGAUCAAAUUGGAAUCGAAAAUAUUAUAAUUAAAGAUAGUGUUCAAAAUAAAUUCAAAGGAGAUAAAAAACUUAAAAGGAUGAUAAAUAAAAGAGAACAUAUUUUGAACAAAUUGGAAAAAUUAAAUUCACUAUUUUUUUUUAUAUUUAAUCAUAAAGGAAAUAUAAUAAAUUAUUUACAUAAAAAAAUUAAUUCUUGUAUUUUAGAAUUUGAUAAAACAUAUAAAUUAUAUAUACCCAGUUAA